GGCACUUGUCACCAGUGAGUCUGGAUGAAUGUAAGGGCAAGUCAUAGGGAAGACUACAUGCAGGUGACCAGCUCAGGAAGUCUAUGAUCCAAUGUACUUUGCACAUGUGACUGCUGUCUUCGGGUGAGAAAUCAGCCUCUGCUCUUAAAUGCCUCCUGCUUUCAAAGACUUUGCCAGACCAGCAGUACUCAUGGUCAACCUUGCCGUACUUCGAUGAGGAAAGCUACUCCCCUCCAGCCAAAAACAUGAAGGGUCUCUCCGGUGGCCGCCCCGCCCACCUCCAGCUCACCUCCCCGACCUCAGCCCACACUUGCGGCUAUGUCGAUGUUGACUAUUCCCUUGAGCAUCACCUACACCGUGGCGAUUCACGGCCCCCAUCCUACCUCCUCAGCCCCGCCGAGAGCUGUCCCCUGGAAGGUCGUCACCGCUUCUCACCACGGAGCUCCAUCCACUCGGAGUGCAUGGGUGUACCCGUGUCCAUGGCACCCACCGACCACUCUGUCGCAUGUAGCACUUUUCCACGCAUGCACUAUGGAAGUGCGUCGCGGGACACCGGGGGAAACAUGUCUGGCUGCAGGGAUUCCCGGGAUGAUGGUGGCUCCUUGUCGCAUGGCGGUAGUGGCAAAAUGAACCGAAUCCCUGCAAACCUUCUGGACCAAUUUGAGAAACAGAUGCCGCUGCACCGGGAUGGCUUCCACACUUUGCAGUAUCAACGUACCUCCACCACAACCACAACCACAGAGCAACGCAAUGAAAGCCCCGGACGGAUACGCCACCUAGUGCACUCAGUACAGAAGCUUUUCACAAAGUCCCACUCUCUGGAGGGUUCUUCCAAGAUGAACGGUAACAAAAGCGACUCGCACCGGGACGGCUCGCAUCAUCAUCAUCACCACCAUCAAGGCCACCACAAACACACCAAGCGCAGUAAGAGCAAAGAUCGCAAAAGUGACGGGAGCGGGAGACAACGUUCAGGAGGUUGGUGGAGUUCGGAUGACAACCUUGAUAGUGACAGCACAUACCGGCCACAGAGCGUCAUGUCCCGACACCCCGUGGACCAAAUCAGUCCCUACUACCCAGACUCGAUGCACAGCCACCUUGCAGGAGACCUGUCGCUAAAGACUUCCAAAAGUAACAACGAUGUCAAGUGCUCAGCGUGUGAGAGUAUAAGCAUGGCACCAGAGGGAAAGUUCAUGAAGAGGAGCUCCUGGUCGACGUUAACCGUCAGCCAAGCCAAGGAGGCCUACAGGAAGUCUUCGCUCAAUCUGGAGAAACCAAUGACGCCAACAGAUCUCAAGCCCAACCUCAGGCCGUGCCACUAUCUACAGGUGCCCCAGGAUGAAUGGGAAGGUUACCCCGGCGACGGGAAAGAUGACGAGAUUCCGUGUCGUCGAAUGCGGAGCAGCAGCUACGUCAAAGCCAUGGGGGAUGAAGAGAGUGGAGAGUCGGAUUCCAGCCCUAAGACAUCUCCCCAGAAGUUGGUGCGGCCAGAUGCGCUAAUCAAGGCCAUCAUCAGACCCAGAGAGCUGCUGGACUCUCACAGCUCUUAUCGCCUGGAUAAAAUCAACAGUGACAUGCGUAACUACAUCACCAAUUUUGCUGCAGACUUAAGUCAGAGUUACCACAUGCAAACAGCCAUGCACCCAAGCAUUGCCCUGGACCCCUCUGCAAACUACAACUCUCCCAAGUUUCGCUCCAGGAACCAAAGCUACAUGCGGGCAGUCAGCACCCUCAGUCAGGCGAGCUGUGUCAGCCAGGUGAGCCAGGUGAGUGAAACGGAAAUAAAUGGACAGUUUGAAUCGGUCUGUGAGUCGGUGUUCAGCGAGGUAGAAUCCCAGGCCAUGGAUGCGUUAGACUUACCCGGCUGCUUCCGAACCCGGAGCCACAGUUACCUGCGUGCCAUCCAAGCCGGCUACUCUCAAGAUGAUGAAUGCAUCCCACCCAUGGCCUCCACGGUCACUUCCACCAUCAGAUCGACUACAGGCAUCCGGUUCUGCCUGCCUUCGAACUGCAGCAACAUUGAACGGACAACACAGCUUCCCCCAGCCAUUACCUACACACCAAACUACAAGAAGGCCCCUCCACCCGUCCCACCUCGCACCACCUCGAAACCCCUCAUCUCCAUCACAGCCCAAAGCAGCACAGAGUCAACCCAGGAUGCUUACCACGAUGGAAGGCGCCCCCUCGGAGGGAUGUGGGGUCCUGAUGGCCUGACCCUGGGCCUGAGUCCCGACAGGGCCCUCUACAACUCCGUUGACAGCCUGGACAGUGCCAAGGCCGUAACUAUUGCCAUGGAGGCAGCUGGGGUCAUGGCAGGGAAAAGACACCCGUCCACAGACAGCCACAGUUCAGUAGUCACCUGUGACAAGGCCAUCUUGGUGUCGAAAGCAGAGGAGUACCUGAAGACACCUCGAUCUUCAAUAGGAAUACAGGUGGAAGCUGCCACAGAUUCGGAAUCUGAAAGCAAAGGCUCCCGGGAAUACCAUUCUGUUGGGAUCCAGGUGGAGGAUGACAAGAAAGGGCAAGGCCGCUUCAAGCGCUCCAACAGCGUGACUGCGGCCGUGCAGGCAGACAUGGAGUUAGAAGGCUUUCCCACUAUGGAGGACAAAGGCCUGCAGUUUGGCGGGGGCUUCCAGCGUCACUCAGAACCCAGCACACCCACACAAUAUGGAGCUGUGCGAACCGUCCGCACCCAGGGGCUCUUCAGCUACCGCGAGGACUACCGUACCACGGCCGAACCUCCAAGUCCCAGGGAGACCACCAGUAAUCCCACGUGGCAGCUGGAGCCCCCCACCCCGCAUGAGAACACUGUCCCAUCUGGCGAGUCGGGACGUAGCUCCCCGUCUCUGAGGAGAGAUGGUAGUUGGUUCAUGCAGCUGCUGCACACUGAGACCAAGAGGAUGGAGGGAUGGUGCAAGGAUAUGGAGGCAGAGGCUGAAGAAAAUGACUUGUCGGAGGAGAUCCUUGGAAAAAUCAGAAGUGCAGUGGGAAGCGCUCAACUGCUCAUGUCACAGAAAUUCCAGCAAUUCUAUUGGUUGUGUCAGCAAAAUCUGGACCCCAGCGCUAUGCCGCGACCUACCUCACAGGACCUGGCUGGGUUCUGGGACCUGCUGCAGCUUUCCAUCGAUGACGUCACUGUUAAGUUCGACCAGCUGCAACAGAUCAAAAGCAACAAUUGGAGGGCCAUCAACAGUCCGGAGAAGAAGCCUGCAGCUCCUGUACCAAAGAAGAUAAGUCGACAGAAAAGUCUGAUGACAAGGGAGAAAUCCUUGGACCUGCCUGACAGGCACCGGCAGGAGGCUCGGCGACGCCUCAUGGCAGCCAAGCGGGCCGCCUCCUUUCGGCAGAACUCAUCGUCAGAGCGAGCAGACAGCAUCGAGAUCUAUAUUCCCGAGGCUCAAACUCGACUUUGAGAAGUUAGCCAGGAGAAAACUUCUCUCCGUGCUCACUUAGCCUUUUUCUAGACUUCCUUUAUCCAUCCAAACAUAGAGAAGCCAUCCUGAGAGGUCAGCAGGACAGGUUUCUUGUUAGCAGACAUGUAUAUUAAACACGGGGAGACUGGUUUUCCCACUGGUUACCAUAGUAGCCAACCCAUACAACCCCAUCCAGCAUUGUUUUCUUUUUGUUUAUUUUGUUAAAAUGCCAACAUUUUCAAAGUGCCAUUUGAAAAGUGCAGCUUUGAGAAACCUACCAGCAACCAGACCUUUGGCCGAAAAAGAUAAGCAUUUUAAAUAGCUAAAAUCUCCGAUUUAGAAGUGUCAUUUGUUUCCCAAACCUAAUGUGAACUGGAACAAAAGUGCCAAUCCUUAUGAUACCUCAUCUUUGUGCAUGUGGCACAGAUUCAUGUGUCAUUCUUCAUGGUAUUGCUCGUUAGAAGAACUCAGCACCAUGCACAUUCAUCUCAUACAUCAAUUAUUGCCAUUUACUUGAAGCCUGUGCCAACAUUUUACAUGACAUCAAUGCUGUAGAGAAAAAAAAACGGUGAGAUAUCUAGAAUCAAAAUACUGUAUGUACACCAGGGUUGCUCAACUUACGGCCCCAGGAAUGACAUAAUACCAGAAGACAAACAGAUUUGCAGCAAAUUCCGAAUAACACUAAGUGCUCCUUUGGUUUGUAUGGAGAGAACUUGGAUCACUGUAAACACAUUUGCAAAUUAUUUUUAUUGAUAUUUUAACCUUGACAAUGUAGCAGUCUUUGCAUUGUGUUUGUUUGCUCUUCCUUUUCCGCCACCGGGGCGACAAAUCUUGACCGCCCAUUUGAGAAGAGAUGUGUGCUAGCCACGAGAUUAAAAGCCAGAGCUGCUAACCCAGCCCCCUUGCACACUAUUUGAAGGUGUCAGGGAAUGAGGUUUGCCAACAUACAUCUGGCACAGCCAAUCAGCUGCCCCCUUCCCCGUUACACCAACAAACAGAGUAAAAUGAUGUACAUUUCUGAUUGAAAUAAUUAAGGUGUUCCUCAAGGGACCCCUUUUAGUAGUCUGCUUUUUGGCAGUUAUAAUUUUUUUGUAAUGUCCAUCCAUCCAUCCAUCUUCUCCCGCUUAUCCGAGGUCGGGUCGCGGGGGCAGCAGCCUAAGCAGGGAAGCGCAGACUUUCCUCCCCCCAUCCACUUCGUCCAGCUCCUCCCAGGGGAUCCCGAGGCGUUCCCAGCCAGCCGGGAGAGAUAGUCUUCCCAACGUGUCCUGAGUCUUCCCCAUGGCCUCCUACCAGUCAGGAUGCCACUUGAACACCUCGGAAGUGUUCGGGUGGCAUCCUGACCAGAUGCCCAAACCACCUCAUCUGGCUCUCCUCGAUGUGGAGGAGCCAUUUUUUGUAAUGUGAUUAAUUUAAUUAAGGUGUUGAUGUAGCUUGUUUACUUCAGAUGCAGUCCAUAGUCACUUGUUCAACUUCUUUACUUAUACAAGUGGUGUUCCUCAAGGUUCCAUUUUAGGUCCUCUCUUUUUCAUCAGUUCAAAAACACUUGUGAGACACUCACAUUUUUGCAGAAGAUUCUGAUAAAAACUAGGGUGAUCUUUGACUUGCUUGGUCCUUAAAACUGAGAGCGCUCCUGUAAGUCUGACCAAAUAAACAGAACAAAAUCAAACGUCCCCUGUAGAUGACGUUGGUUCACCAGAUUAUACAAAAUAUGACGAACGGUAUAGGGAGAAGUCCGGUCCCCCGGUCCUUGGAUUUCCGGAAGUCUGACCCCAGAACCAAUCAGUUGAAUAUCCCUGGUAUACACAAAUGCACUGAUGCACUUAUUACAAUACCUUGUUUCCGAAGUUAACAACAGCGCUGUUGUAUUUUCUAAACAUGAGCAGGAACAAUGUUUAUUUUGUAUUUUUCACAGCACGCCUGCCCUCUAAUUGCUUUUGACAAACCCGGAUUGUUACACAUUGAUCACAGGCACAAAAGCACUCAGCUUUGUUUGACUUCAAUCUACUGCGCUUAUCUCGGGCCCAUUGAAGCAGCAACAUCCAUCACUACUAGUGAGAGAAACUACCGCUACUUUUUGCUGCCGGGAAACUUUAACUGCAACACUGACCCCCUCCUUCGGGUGAAAAAUGAAACGUUUGCAAAUUAUUUAGCACGUUUAUCCCAAAACUAGGGCAGCAUGGUGGUGGAAGAGGGGUUAGUUAGUGCAUCUGCCUCACAAUACCAAGGCCCCUCGGCUUUCUGUGUUGAGUUUGCAUGUUCUCACCGUGACUGCAUGGGUUCCCUCCGGGUACUCCGGCUUCCUCCCACCUCCAAAGACAUGCACCUGGGGAUAGGUUGAUUGGCAACACUAAAUGGGCCCUAGUGUGUGAAUGUGAGUGUGAUGGCCCUGUGAUGAGGUGGCGACUUGUCCAGGGUGUACACCGCCUUCUGCCUGAAUGCAGCUGAGACAGGUUCCAGCGACCCCCCCCGCAACCCCAUAAGGGACAAACGCUAGAAAAUGGAUGGAUGGAUCCCAAAACUAAGAUUUAUAUCAUAUUUCUCAUGCAAUUAGUGUUAUAUUUGCUUUAAAGUGAUGUUUUAGCGCCAAUAGUCUUUAACUGUAACUACGAUGCUGCACGGAAAUAAAAUAUGUAUUAAUCCCAAAAUUGAAUGGGGUGAUGCACACUCAGAUGUAAAGAGAGAACAAUUAACUUGGCUUAAAUGUGUGGCGUGUUCGCUCACCGGCCGCUGAGUUACACUUGCACAGGCUAAUGAGGUCCAAUACAAACACUGUGGUACCUCGGGAUAUGACUUUUGUUGGUGCUGUGAUGAAGCUCCUACCUCCAAAAACAGCAUCCACAAUUGAAAUGAACUUAAAUUUAAUUGGUGUGUUGCCCCUUAAAACAGCAAGAUUUUAAAAUGUAACAUGCUUUUUAAAAAUAAAAACAAAAAAACAUUACAAUAGAAUGUACUACAACAAACUACAUUAGUUUUAUGAAGUAAUGGAAUAUAUGGAAGUUGUUUUGUGUCUUCAUUUCCAAAACUUUUUUUGACACUGAAUUUAUGUAACUGAAUUGUUCACGUUUAAAUUUUGACAACUGGAUUCUUUUUACAUCCAAAUAUGCUGACAAUUUAUUCGACCAAAUAUGUUUAAGCAAAAUGUGUGUGUUUCAAAAUAGUUUCUCAAAAUAGAAUGUUUUAAAAUUCCGUUUGUAAAAAUUAAAUAUAAACUAAUUCAGUGUAAUCGAUGGUGUCUCUGAACCAGCCAAUGGCGUGUUAAGUUUGCAGUCACGUGACAGAGUUCUUGCAAAGCAGCAGUAAUCAGGCAGUUUAUGCAUAACUUUAACAUAAGUUAUAUAAAUUCAGUGAAAAGAAAACGCUUUGGUAAUAAAGGCACAAUUUAACCUUCCUGUUUUUCUUGUAUAGUCAGGGUUUCUUUCCCUUAAUGUAAUUGAAUGUGGCACGCCACCAAAAUGUUUUUAUUACCGCCAUACUUUGAAAAUAAGAUUUUUUUUUUUUACUUGAAAACAAAUUAAGGUAAUUGAAUAUAUUGUAGCCCCAGAAGAAAUCACACAAAGUCCGACACUAUUUUUAACUUUCAUUACCAAUCUUAUGAUAACAAACGGCACAAUUCCAACAUGUUUUACCUCCUCUGCAAAAACUUUCGUCUCGUGAGUCCGCGCUUCCCCAGACACACAACAACAGUUCCUCAUUAUCCGCCAAUCCCCUUUCAGGCACGCACAAAGUGUUUGCAAACAUGAGAAAACUUGACAUCCAAUCCAAACCACACGAACAUAAAACAUUAAAAUUAGCUGAACGUUACGGUAUGUAUUGACAUAUGUAUAGCCUAUUAUUUACGCACUAUUAAAAGCGAUUUACCGAAAACUUGGCCACCGAAAAAAAACUUUAAUCACCACAAACUGGGCUACUGAAACCAGAUGUAAACAAAACGCUCUCCUUUCUCUGUAGCGUUGUCAGCAUGUCUGCAAUGAGGAUGUAAUGUUUAUGUAUACAUAUAUUGCAGAUAUACAUGCGGACAGCCAUCUUCAAAAUGUGCAAAUACUAAGACAGUGGCGGCUGUUAAGACGAGAACCUCCAACUCGAGCAACAGCGCCAAGCAAGUGUGAUGUCAUGCUCGCUGCAACCAUCUUCUUUGUUGUUGCUCGUUGUUUUUCAUUUUUUUUAAAAGUCAUUAAAAGUUUCUGAACACUUGAAAAAAAUCUCAACAAAUAUGGCAAAACGAUAUGAAGAAAAAUAUUUUAAUACUAAAUACUAAAAACCGACUUGUUUUAAAUGUAUGUAAACAUUUUUUUAACCAUUUAAAAGAAAAUCAUAUUGUCACGAUUCAACUGCUUCACACUUACAAUAGUCAUGUUUUUGAUCAUUUCUUUCUUUAGUUCAACAAUAAUAAUCUACAUCUCGAUCCUCAGCACUGUCCUUCACACUCAAUUUCUCCAUUCUGAAGGGAGGGAAAAACAAAAGUUAUUGUUGAUCUAUAGCUAUGAGUUAAUCCAAGCAAGUAAGACACAGCAUGUUUUAGUCGGAUCUAACGAUGUUCACCGUUAAAUUCACUGCGGCAACUAGUGGUGGGGAAGCUCGUAACCCAAAUGUGUGCUCGUAACUAAGAGCAUAAUAAUUAACCAAAACACAACUUGCAUCCCGGAAAACUCGUAAGAUGAUGCACCUAUAAGCUUUUGUGUUAUUUUGCAGGUAAUUUGAUAAUGUAACUUGUAUUUUGCAAAGUUGUAGAAAUGCACAGCGUCACACAUUAUAAUUUAAAGGCCUACUGAAACCCACUACUACCCACCACACAGUCUGAUAGUUUAUAAAUCAAUGAUGAAAUAUUAACAUUGCAACACAUGCCAAUACGGCCUUUUUAGUUUACUGAAUUGCAAAUUUAAAUUUCCCACGAGUUUCUUGUUGAAAACGCCGCGGAAUGAUGACGCGUACGCGUGACGUCACGGACAGUAAGGAAGUAUUAGCGCUGCACCAAACAAAGCUAAAAGUCGUCUCUGUUCAUGGCGUAAUUACACAGUAUUUUGGACAUCUGUGUUGCUGAAUCUUUUGCAAUUUGUUCAUUUAAUAAUGGAGACUAUAAAGAACAAUGCUGUUGGUGGAAAGGGGUGGAUUGCAGCCGUCUUUAGCACCGAGACACAGCCGGUGUUUCUUUGUUUGUUGUGAAGCGGAGCAGUAAAACGAACUUGUUUUCUCUACAUCAACCAGCAUGUUCUUGGAUGGGGAAAUUGUGAUAUAUAUCUUACCGGAGAAAUCAAUGGAUUAUUCGUCGUCCUGCAGCAGCUAUCAUGUCAAAAAAGGUAGCUGUGAGCUUGGCUCCUCGGCUUCUCUUUGAGACACAUCGUGUUCACCGCAGCCAUCCGACCUUGAGGUAUGUCUUUACAAUCUUUAAAAUCUCACUAAAACACUUUUAAAAGAAUAAGUAGAUAAGGGAUCUUCCAGAAUUAUCCUAGUAAAUGUGUCUAAAAACAUCUGAAUCACCCACAAUUUUUUUUUUUUACUUUGUUUUAUUUAUUUUUUCUAGUCCUUCGCUAUCAAUAUCAUCAGCCACAAAUCUUUCAUCCUCGCUCAAAUUAAUGGGGAAAUUGUCGUUUUCUCGGUCCGAAUAGCUCUUUUUGUUGGAGGCUCCCAUUAUAAACAAUGUGAGGAUGUGAGGAGCCAUCAACAUGUGAUGUUAUCGUCUGUGACUUCCGAUACAGGCAAUGCUUUUUUAUUAGCGACCAAAAGUUGCGAACUUUAUUGUGGAUGUUCUCUACUAAAUCCUUUCAGCAAAAAUAUAGCAAUAUCUCGAAAUGAUCAAGUAUGACACAUAGAAUGGACCUGCUAUCCCCGUUUAAAUAAAAAAAUCUCAUUUCGGUAGGCCUUUAAAGCCCAUAAUGUUAAGAGCACACUAGCUAUGAUGCAGUGAUGCGCUGCAAAUUGCAAUCUAACACACAAUACCUCUUAUAAAGGCAGAUAAAUGUGCACUGUGGUUUGUAUUGAGCUUCAUUUUGCAGUGGUACUUUUAAUGUAGUUUAUCCCCAAAAUUGACCAAGUUACGCCCUGAAUGCGGGACCGUUAUGGAGAUAAUUAGUGGAGGUGUGGAAGAACAUUUUUGAUGGCCAUGUUAUUGCAGGAAAGUUCUUUAUGUAUUAUUCAAUAUUUUUCCCACUCCUACGCUUUUUCACUUAUUGGCGUAAAAAGUCUUAAUGCAAGAGUUUUAAUGAUACAAAAACAUGUUUUGAGUUUUGGUAGUACUGUGCUGACAGAGACAAAGCCAGGGUGAAGAUGAGGUCGUAGACCGCCUUGACUUUAUUUCAAGACCGCCACCCUCCAGUGGCAUAUCACGCAUCUCACUGUCUCUCAGCCACAAACAAAAAAACGCAGAAAGAAAAUAAUAAUGUUACAAAAUCUGUGUUUGGAAAAGGAAUAUAACAACCAUAACCUUUGUUUGACAUCUCUUUAGUGACUGUCAAUUAUUUGGGCCAAACAGCAGAGUUUCCAAAAUUGAACUUCCAAUUGUGACAAAUAUAGACAUAAUGUGGAGAGGCGGGGCCGACGGGCCGACGGCGGGGCAGGGCACGCUGGAGCCCUGCUCAAGAUGGAGGCAAGGAAGCGGAGAAUGCGGCGGAGCUGAGAGGCGGAGCGUGCCGGGAGCGCCGUCGCCGUAUUCUAAUUCAGGUGCGUGGAUCGCGCACUGGCAGACAAUCAACAUAUCUCCUUGCAGUGUAUAAAAGGGGAGAAGGAGGAGAGAUCGGGGCAGAAGGAGGAGAAUCCGCAGCAGAUGAAGAGCAAAAUCGCCAAAGAGCACACGAGAGACGGAGACGCGGCCAGCUGAAAAGCGACCGAGGAGCGAGCAGCGGAGAAGGAGCUGAAAAGCGACCCGACCGGAAUUGAGCUUUAUUAAAAAAUAAACAAGAGUCAAACCUGCUCAAGCAUGUCUUUCCUGAGUGGUCCAUGGAACCCACACGACGGCAGCAAGCGACUGUCACACACGUGUUUGUUAAAUCUGUCCUCUUAAACCACUAUUAUACUUUUUGGGACGGAAGGUGGUUUAUUAUAGCCCAGAGUCCACUGGGAUAGAUUAUUGACCUGUUUUCUGUUUGCUUCUGUGUCAGUGCUACUUCCUUUUUUGUUCCUUAUUCUUUGCACUUCCUCUGCUACGUCACAGCCUAUCUGGAGCGCUGAUUAAUACUUCCGUUUGGUGACUAUGUGACACAGCUGUGGACAAUCACUGAUUAGGGUGGUAUAAUUGCAUUAAAUUCACACCCGACUUCUUAUCUUUCACAUUUUCACCCGUGCGCUUUGUUUUUCUUGGUAAUCUGCUUGCUCGCUGCCUGCCUUCCCUGCAUCCUGGGAUCGUGCCAACCGCUGCACCCAUGCGCCUCAUUUGUGACAUUUGGAGCCUGGCGCAAACUGCACCUUUAAUGGUUUGCUCUGUUUUACCUUGCUGUUUUCAGACGCCAGACAGUAUCAGAGGACAUAUUUGGUUUGGCUCAAAACUCGCCCGUGUCUCACCGCGCGACAAAAAGUUGUGUGUUCAUUCGCACGUUAGGCGACACACUUUAAGGAAUCACGUGCGCAUGUACACCCUGCCGUUACAGACUUAACAGUUUGACAGCAGCAGCGUUAGGACGUGUGAAUUCGGCCACUUGGCAGAAGCAGAGACGACCCCCUGCUUUGUGCGGGCAAGAGGGGAGACAUGCUGAGAUAUGCUGCUUUAAGAGGAGACCUGAGCUCCGCAUUGGGCUCCCAAACUGCUGGCGUUACUGUCAGGUUAAAACACUGAUGCACACUUGCCAACCU